ACUGAAGAUGGAGAAGAAGCUUCUGGUGGAGCAUGUGGAGACAGGGCGUGCCAGCGCGGGAGGACUGGCCGUCUAGCAGGGAGGAGCGCGGCAGCACGGCCUUCUGUCCCCCACGGGAACCACGGCCAGAGCAUGCCGGGAGCAAGCGGCAGACACAGUGCCACCGUCGUGCAGCCACAGCCCGCCCUGCCCCCUCCUUCCUUCCGCAGCGGAGAGCGAGGGGCUCGUCUGGUUGGCGAGACUCCGUGGCAUGGACUGGCAGGAUGGCAGCUGACGUUCAAAACCGGCGCAGGUCCCUCCUGACAUCCACGCCCCUCGGCCCAGCGCACGGCUGCGCUCCUGUCUCUGCACCCCCAGAUCUGGGCUGGGCUUCGGCGAGCCUGGACCGGGGCUUCGGGGAGGAGGAGAGAGACAGCAUCCCGGCUGAUGGGAGGCCAUCGUGGCCAGACUCAGGCGCCCAGAGGUCGGUCAAAGCCCGGUCCAGGCGGAUCCGCGAAGGGAUUCUGCAGGUGUCAUCAGCAUUUGACUUUGCGGAAAGCAGGUGGAGGUCCCCCGAGGAGGAGGGGGCUCCCUCUGCCUGCCCACGGCCUGCAGGACCCCAGACCACAUCAGCUCUUCCCUGGGUCUGCAGGCUGGUCUGCGGGUUCCAGACGUGCCAGCCCCCACGGUCACGCGGCCCCGUUCCUGCUGUGGUUCAAGCAUGAGGCUUCUCCCUCCGGGUGCUUCCUCCAGGGAGACUGGUGAGGAACCAAUGGACACGAGCCCUCGCGACUCUCGGGGGCUCACUCGUGGGCUCAGGACAGCUGCACAGACAAGGAACAACGCUGUCUCAGACACAAGGAGACCAACACAGGUGACUUGACCCGCCCAGGCCCACAGUUUCUCAGCAGGCCCCCGGGCCUCAGAGUCCUCUGGAGCCUCGCCUGGUCACAGAUGCCUGGACACCAAGCUCCCCAGCCCCCUCCCCAGACCUGAGCUGCCCCCGAGUGCUAUGCCCUUGGUUCUCCCACCCGGCUCACACACAGGCCCCCAAAGCAUCACCCCCUCCCGGGACCCGGGCCAGCACUCUGCACUGUCCACCGCAGCCCCCACGGUCACCACACCCGGCCCCAUCCCCCCAAGCUACUGCAUGGCCUGCCCCAGUCCCUGGUCCUGAGCCGGGCCCUGCAGGCCUGUGGGACCAAGGCCGGGAUAUGCAAGGAACCGUGCCAGGCACACGCUGUCCCUGCCGGAGACUGUGGUCAUCUGACGGUUUUACUCUUCAAACACAGGAUGGUACAAAGCACUUUCACCUUAGUUUGAAAUUCCUACUUUCAAGUCCUACCUUGAAAAAGUUUUCAUUAUCAGACUGAAUUCAAGAUUUGCUGGGGAAAAAAGUGAUUGUAUCUUCCUUCUGGGAUUUUGCUUUUAA